GUAGCCUUCGUUGACUUGAGAUCUACCACACCAUUCUCUCACUAGAAGGGAAAACUUAUAAUGGCAGCAAGCCGUAAAAGAGACCCAGUUUAGAAAUAUUUUAAUGAAGUUCCUCUAUCUGUGGGUAAGACAAGCAUGCAUGUAAAAUGCAAACAGUGCAACAAAGAAAUGCAAGGCCUGGUUGCCCAAAUGAAACAACAUUAUGAGAAGUGUUCCUUCACAGGAGGAAGCUGUGUUGAAGAUGAUGAAAGGAAGAUGUCUGAACAUGAAAGAUCUUCAGGGGAAUCCAUCCUCAACGUAAAGGAUUCUGAAAACUAUCCACCUUCAAGAUCACAAUCAUUUUCUAUAGUUUCAGAGUUAUCUGCCAAUUACAGUGUUUCAGUCACAUCAUGUAUGUCACAUAGCCACAGUAUAUCACCUGUAGCAAAAAGAAAUAAAAAUCUCUAUCAUCAUCCAGAAACAACCAUAGAUAAGUUUGUGAUAAGAACCAGCAGAUUACAAAAAGAGGUAAUUGAUGAAAAAAUUGCCCCGUUUGUUUAUGCAACAAACUCUCCUUUCCGUAUAAUUGAGAACCCACACUUCAUUAACAUGGUUCAGUCAUUAAGACCAGGAUACAGUCCAUCCAACAGAGAAGAUGUUGCAGGCAACAUGCUGGAUAAAGUGUAUGAAAGAGAAAUUGAGCAGUGUGCAAAAGGUCUAGAGGGUGAAAUUGUUAACCUGAGUCUUGAUAGGUGGAGCAAUGUCCACAAUGAUCCUGUUGUAUGUGAAUGUCUUCCUUAUAGAAACAAUUGAUACAUCAGGAAAUGCACACAUAGCAGAAUACUUACAAGAAGUAGCAGUAAAAGCUGUAACAAACUGUGCAAAAAAUUUAAAUAUCUAGUACGCAGCUUGGUCACAGACAAUGCUGCAAAUGUAUCUAAGACGAGAAGAAAUUAGAAGAGAGCACCAAGCUAAUAACAUACAGUUGCAGUUCUCAUUUGAUGCACCUCUUAGCCAAAGACUUCAGUGUUCCAGAAAUAAAGGCUAAUAUUGUUGAAAUUGCAAAAUACUUCCGUAACAACAACUUUGCAGCAGCUGUUCUGAAAACAAGUGGGAGGAACCAAGCUAACUCCCUCACAAGACAUGCAAUAGAACUCAGUAGUGGACUGUUUUG